GCCACGAAAACUUUAUCUUAACAUGAUCACUUUACAAGGAAAAAAGGACUUUAAAAUAUGCGUCAUGUUAUGAAGUGCUCUGACAUGAGGUGAGGUCGAGAGGGAUUCCUGUCCGUGCUUUCUGCUCUCGUCACGGAAUUAGGAGUUUGAUGACAAGAUGAAGUUUAAUGGUUACUUGAAGCUGCGCAUUGGUGAGGCUGUGGAGCUGAAGCCUACCACCUACUCACUGCGCCACUCUGUCAUCUUCAACAAAGCCACCCCGGCUCUGGACCCCUACAUCGUGGUCAAGGUGGACGAGUUUAAGAUUGGACAGACUCACACAAAACAGAAGACAAACAUGCCCACGUACAACGAGGAAUUCUGCCUUAAUGUGAAAGACGGAACACACAUAGAGCUCACCGUCUUCCACGAGACUCCCAUCGGAUAUGACAACUUUGUGGCCAACUGCACCAUUCAGUUUGAAGACCUGAUCCAGAAGCUCAACGCGGGGGAGAGCUUUGAGGGAUGGAUGGACUUGGAGCCGGAGGGAAAAGUAUACAUUGUGAUUACCCUGACUGGAUCCUUCACUGAUGAUGAUGCCCUGGUGCGCCCUCCUCAGAAGCAUCACAAAGAGCUGACCCGUACACGACAGGGAGCAGUGCGACGCAGGAUCCAUCAGGUCAACGGUCACAAGUUUAUGUCCACGUUCCUCCGACAGCCCACCUUCUGCUUCCACUGCCGUGAAUUCAUCUGGGGAGUGUUUGGGAAACAGGGUUAUCAGUGCCAAGUGUGCACUUGUGUUGUUCAUAAGCGCUGCCACAAGUUGGUGGUGACAGUAUGUCCGCGCAUGAAGAAAACUCAAACUGAGCAGCCGAUGAACCAGGGUUUCAGUAUCAAUGUUCCUCACAAGUUCAAUAUCCACAACUACAAGUCUCCCACUUUCUGUGACCACUGCGGUUCUCUGCUGUGGGGCCUUGUCCGGCAAGGCCUGCACUGCAAAAGUUGCAAAAUGAAUGUUCACAUCCGCUGUAAAAGCAACGUAGCCCCGAGUUGUGGCGUCAACAGUGUGGAGCUGGCCAAUAAGCUGACAGAGAUGGGUCUACAUCCAGGAGGCCUUUCCAAGCGCCCCUCAACGGUUAAGGGAGGCCAGGUGAGGGCGCCAGAGCGCACAGAGAGUGUGGAGGUACAACCACAAACAGUCAAGCUGGGCCUCCAAAACUUUACCUUCAUUCAGGUGCUGGGGAAAGGCAGCUUUGGCAAGGUGAUGUUGGCGCGACUCAAUGACACGGAGCACGUGUUUGCAGUGAAAGUGCUGAAGAAGGACAUCAUUCUGCAGGACGAUGAUGUGGAGUGUACCAUGACUGAGAAACGGGUGCUGUCGCUCGCCCGCUGCAGUAGGGGGCAGUAG